AUGGUACAAACCGCCAUUCCUGCAGCAAUCCAAAGCACAAAAGAGGAUAAAAGUGAUUCGGAAAAUGAGUCAAGCAGUGAUAGCAAAAGUGGCUCAUCCUCUGAUUCCGAAAGUGAGUCCGGGUCUGGCUCAUCGAACUCCAGCUCUAGCGACAACGAAGGACAACAUGACCGUAGCCGAAGCACUUCCAAUCGAGCCAGCGGCACGACCAAUAACACCUCUACCGCCAGCAGUGACAUUCGGGAUGGUGCCAUCGAAAAUGGGCUUACCGAGCACCGGGCGUCGUCGAGCAAUAAUCACACCGCAGUCCAGGAGGAUGACGGGAAAGAGGACGAAGAGGAUGAAUCAGACGAUAACAGCGUGUCGGCGAGCAACGAACACGGUUCCGUAGUUAACCAUGUGCAGCCGACACGGGCCGUAGCUUCAAAUGAAAGAUCUCGUAGUUCGCACUUUGGCUCGGAUUCGGAUGAAAGCGAUCCGACGGGCGGGAGGUCGUCGAAACAGCAUCACAGUGAUUCCGAUGCGAGUAAGCCAAGCAACACCAGCCGGCAAAGUGGGGACGAUGACGAAGGUGAAGACGACGAGGAGCAGGAAGAGAACAGUGCUGGAAAUGAAACUGCGCCAAAACAAAGGUCUUCGAACAAUGUCACAAUGUCUGAAUCACCGGAAGAUUAUGAGGACGACGACGAGGACCAGGAGGAAGAGGACCAUCAAUCCUCCAAAAGUAGCUACGACGAUGAAGAUUAUGCGGCGAAUCAGUUGCGCCGGAAAAGUGCACGCAAAAAAGCGGUCGCCGCAGCACGGAAACGACCCGCCGCCCAGCCGGCUUCGAAGGCGAAGAAAAAGAAAAGCAGUACAAGCAGUCGCUGGAAGUCGGACACGUCCGACGAGAGUGAGGCCAGCGAUUCCGAUGCUUCGGAUCGUUUCCGCCGAAAAUCGGCCACGACAGCGGCGAAAAAGCGUGCAGCGGCGGUGGCCGCUUCGAAGGCGAAGGCAAAGAAAAAGAAACGGACUGGCACUGGUGGAGCCUACAGCACCGAUGAGGCUAGCAGUGAAGAAGAUCGGAAGCGGCCAUCGGCGUCACGACGAAAAACGGCCGUCAGCUACAAAGAGGCUAGCGGGGACGAGGCAACGGAUAGCGACGAUUUGCUGGAGGUGGACCAGGAAGCCGAAGAAGCGGCGGCAGCCGCUGCGGCGGAAGAGGAGAAAGCCGAAACAAUCGAGCGCAUUAUCGGACGACGGCGGGGCCGGAAAGGAGCGACCGGUGCCCUCACGACCGUGUACGCGAUCGAGGAACACGGUGACCCAAACCUGGCAGCAGCUGAAGGCGGCGAUCACCGAUCACCGGGGCAGAUGGAGGAACAGUAUUUGAUCAAGUGGACCGGCUGGUCGUAUCUGCACAGUACUUGGGAAUCGGAAGAAACACUCAAAGAGCAGAAGGUUAAGGGUAUGAAAAAACUUGAGAACUACCUGAAGCGCGAAGAAGCACUGCAGCACUGGCGCCAGUACCAGGCCGGGCCGGAGGAUAUCGAUUACUACGAGUGCCAGCAGGAGCUGCAGCAGGAUCUGCUGAAGAGCCACUACAACGUCGAGCGCAUCAUCGCCCAGGCAGACAAAGCGGAGGGUGGCGAGGGUACGGACUACCUGUGCAAGUGGGAGUCACUGCCGUACUCCGAUUCGACCUGGGAAGACGCGAGCUUGCUGCGCAAAAAGUGGCAGCCCAAGGUGGUCGAGUUUCACGAGCGCGAGGAGUCGCGCCGCACACCGUCCAAGCAUUGCAAGGCGAUCCGGUAUCGGCCCAAUUUUCGCCACCUGAAAACCCAACCGGAGUACCUGGGCGAAGACCGCGGUUUGAAGCUGCGGGACUACCAGAUGGACGGGCUGAACUGGCUCAUACUGACGUGGUGCAAAGAGAACUCGGUCAUCCUGGCCGACGAAAUGGGGCUGGGCAAGACGAUCCAGACGAUUUGCUUUCUGUACUACCUCUUCAAAUCGCAACAACUGUACGGGCCGUUCCUGUGCGUGGUGCCCCUCAGCACGAUGCCGGCGUGGCAGCGUGAGUUUGCCAUCUGGGCGCCGGAAAUGAACUUUGUGACGUAUCUGGGCGACGUGCAGUCGCGUGAAAUGAUCCGCCAGUACGAGUGGUGCUUUGACAGUACGAAAAAACUCAAGUUUAACGCCAUCCUGACGACGUACGAGAUUUUGCUGAAGGACAAAACGUUCCUCGGUUCGAUCAGCUGGGCUUCGCUGCUGGUGGACGAGGCGCACCGGCUGAAGAACGACGAUUCGCUGCUGUACAAAGCGCUGGAGGAGUUUGACACGAACCAUCGGCUGCUGAUCACCGGAACGCCGUUGCAAAACUCGCUCAAGGAGCUGUGGGCGUUGCUGCACUUCAUCAUGCCGCAGCACUUUGCGUCGUGGGACGAUUUUGAGCGCAACUACGGCAGCACGAACGACAAAAGCUACACCAAGCUGCACAAGGAACUGGAACCGUACAUUUUGCGGCGCGUUAAGAAGGACGUCGAGAAGAGUUUGCCGGCGAAGGUGGAACAGAUACUGCGCGUAGAGAUGACGUCGAUCCAGCGGCAGUUCUAUCGGUGGAUACUGACCAAGAACUUCAACGAGCUGCGCAAAGGCCUGAAGGGAUCGGCUUCAACGUUUCUCAACAUUGUGAUCGAGCUGAAGAAGUGCUGCAACCAUGCGUCGCUGACGCGACCCAUGGAGUUUGGAGCGCAGGUCACCCAGGACACCGUGCUGCAGCAGCUGCUGAAGGGUUCGGGGAAGCUGGUACUGUUGGACAAGCUGCUCUGCCGGCUCAAGGAGACGGGCCACCGGGUGUUGAUCUUUUCGCAAAUGGUCCGAAUGCUGGACAUUCUGGCAGAAUAUUUGCAGAAGCGACACUUUUCCUUCCAGCGACUCGACGGCAGUAUUAAGGGCGAGUUGCGCAAGCAAGCGCUCGAUCACUUCAAUGCCGAGGGCUCGACGGACUUUUGCUUUCUCCUGUCGACGCGCGCCGGUGGCCUGGGCAUUAACCUGGCGACGGCCGACACCGUCAUUAUCUUCGACUCGGACUGGAACCCGCAGAACGAUCUGCAAGCGCAGGCACGGGCACAUCGGAUCGGGCAAAAGAACCAGGUGAACAUCUACCGGCUGGUGACGGCCCGAUCGGUCGAGGAAGACAUCGUGGAGCGGGCGAAACAGAAAAUGGUGCUCGAUCAUCUGGUGAUCCAGCGGAUGGACACGACGGGCCGGACCGUGUUGGACGGUGGAGACAAGAACAGUGGCAACAGUUGGAACAGCAGUAAGGUUGGGGCCGGAAACAGCAACAGCAAUCCGUUUAAAAAGGAUGAGCUGUCGGCUAUCCUCAAGUUCGGCGCCGAGGAGCUGUUCAAAGAGGAGGAGGACGGCGACGAAGAGCUCGUUUGCGACAUUGACGAGAUCCUGCGGCGGGCGGAAACGCGCGACGAAGCCCCCGGUAUGCCGGGCGACGAGCUACUGUCGGCCUUCAACGUGACCACGUUCGAUUUCGACGAGGACACGGUGGGCGGCAAGCCGAUCACCGCCAAGGACCCCGAACCGGCGGAAGCCGAAGGCACGAAGCAGUUUUGGGAUGGCAUCAUUCCGCAGUCCUACCGGGAGCUGGUCGAGGCCGAAGAGCGUGAUCGGGAGAUCAAGGACCUCUACCUGCCACCGCGCCGGCUUGCGAUGAAGGCAAACGAGACGGACAGUGCGGCUGGCGGCGGCGGAAAGGGUGGGAAGAAGGGCAAGAAAGGGCACCAGGAGGAGAGCGACGAAGACUCCGAAGCCAGCGUUGGUGGUGGACGUGGUGGCGAUGAGGACGGCAAAGCGAAGCGCGCACGAGGGCGGCCAUCGAAUAAGGAGAAGAUAGCCGGCUUCACCGAUGCGGAGCUGCGUCAGUUGAUAAAGAGUUACAAAAAGUUUCCUGCCCCACUGAAGCGCCUUGAGGCGAUUGCGUGCGAUGCGGAGCUGCAGGAGAAGCCGCUCUCGGACUUGAGGCGCGUCUCGCAGCUGCUGCACGAUCGGUGCGUGCAAACGAUGAAAGAGAUCGCCCGGGAAGCGGAAAACGAGAAGCACACCGCCGGAGGGGGCCCCGCCUCGGUGGCCGGUGAUGCGGCCAAGCGGAAGUGUGCCCGUGCGGCGUACUCGAACAAAAUCGGUGGCGCAUCGUUCAACGUGAAAACGAUGAUGCAGUGCGUCGAGGAACUGCAGCCGCUGGACGAAGUGAUCCCGGCCGACCCGGCUGAGCGGAGCCGGUGGCAGCUGAGCUUCAAAACCCGACCGCCCAACUUCGACGUCGAGUGGAGCGGAGAGGACGAUUCGCGGCUGCUGCGGGGCAUCUAUCAGUACGGGAUCGGGUCGUGGGACGCGAUGAAGAUGGACCCGUCGCUCGGGCUGUCGGACAAGAUACUGGCGAACGAUGCGAACCGGAAACCUCAGGGCAAGCAUCUGCAGUCACGGGCCGAAUAUCUGCUGAAGGUGUUGCGCAAGACGCUCGAGCUGAAGCGUGGCCCUUCGAAACCGCGCAAGCCACGCAAACCAAAGGAACCCAAAGCGGCGGCGGCCGUUGCCGCCCCGAGCCUAAUGCUCCAUCCCGCGCCCGCGUCUGCCGGAAGUCCGCUUCGGGCUUCGGGCACGGACUCGAUAGGCUGCUCGAUAUCGGCAACGAUAGCAGCGGUAGCCGCCGGUGAAGAUGUCUCGUUGGGCGUCGGAGGUCCCGGAAUGCCCUCGGGUGGUUUGGGACCGGCGGCCGCUGCGAUGGCGGGCGCAACCGGGUUGACUGAAGAGAAAAAGACUGGUAGCAAAAGUAAAAAGCUUUCCGAAUCAGAGAACCAUCACCACCAUAACUACCACCACCAUCAUCAUCACCACGAUGAGCAUUCGAAUGGAUCGCGGGCUGACGAACACCAUCACCACUACGGCGGUAAAGAUCAGGCAACGGCGGCGGGUGGGAAGGAGAAAAAGAAGUCCAAAAAGGAUCGGCAAAAGGAUUCGAAGAAGAAGAAGGAUAAAAAUACGGGACCGAUGCACUUCACGGCGAACAACGAACCGUGCGCGCUCAACAUUUUGGGCGACCUCGAUCCGACGGUCUUCAACGAGUGCAAGGAAAAGAUGCGGCCCGUGAAGAAGGCACUGAAAACGCUCGACAAUCCGGACGAGACGCUGCCGCAGGAUGAACAGCUGCGGCAGACGCGCGACUGUCUGCUGAGCAUCGGCAACCAAAUCAACCUGUGUUUGGGCGAGUACCGAGAUCCGGAAAAGGCGAAAGAGUGGCGCAGCAACCUGUGGUACUUUGUGUCCAAGUUCACCGAGUAUGACGCACGCAAACUGUUCCGGCUGUACAAACAUGCACUCAAGCGCAGUGAGGGCACUGCCGAUCGGUCCGGAGGCGACACGAGUACCGACGGCGGUAGCGGCGGUGUUAGGAAGUCAUCCGGUCAUGAGCACAGUUCCGGCGCUGCACCGACACUCCAGCUCGGUCGAUCGCCUAUGAAAGAUGCCAAAGACGCUGCCAAGCACCAUCAGCACCAUCAUUAUCACCUUCAUCCUGCUGCUGCUGCUGCUGCUGCAGGCGUCGGCAUCAGUCAGUCAACGUCGGCAUUAAAUUCGUUGGGAAAGAUUAAGAAAAUUUCCAACAGCAAACAGGACAACGGGCACAGUAGUAGCGGCUAUGACCGGCCAUUGACGUCCAAGUCUCCGUUGAAAGCCCAGAGCAUGCUUACCGAUGGCGGGACCGGCGGCGGCGGCGGCACUAUGGAUGAGGAAAAAGCCAGAUCGCGACGCGAAAGGAAGGACAAAAAGCGACACCAUCUGCUGGGAGGGACGAUAAGCGGACCGAUUGUCAGUGAUUCGGCACUGCAGCAGCGGGAGCGUUAUAUGGCCGCGACGGCAGCGGGUGCCGGUGGAGCGGCGAUCGAUCAUGGAUCGGACUCCGGUGGUGGCAAGGAGGAAGGUUCGUCGAUGCAUUCCAAACGGCGUCUCGAGGAAGGGGAGUAUGAUGAGAACAGCAAAGAGUACAAAAGGCUGCACGGUAGUGACAGUCGCAACCAUCGUGGAGAGCGGGAUAAAAAGUGGGACGAAUAUGGCGAUCGUGAUCGCAUGAGAAACAUAGGAUCUAGGGGAGCUGCAUCAAACAGCGCACCGCAAAGUGGACGCGGAUUCCCGGACUCACGAGACGAUCGGGGAUCGUAUGUAGGCGUGGAUGCAUCGGUGGAUCGUUGGAGAGAUAGGUACGGUGGGGGGGAACACAAACGAGAUCGAUACGAAGGUUACGGAAGCCGGCACAUGGCGCCGUCCGGUUAUCAUCGAGAGCGGGAAUGGGAUCGCGACCGGGGAGAGCGUGAGCGAGACCGUGAGCGGGAUCGUGAUCGAGGUGAUCGCGAUCGUGAUCGAGAUCGCGGAGAGCGUUGUUUCAAGGACAAACGAAGACACAUGCCUCCCGGCACCGGAAGCUACCCGAGUAAUCACUACGGAAUGCCACCGGCUGGCUACUAUCCCCCCGCAGACGGCACCUCGUACCGUUCGUAUCCGGUUGCGUUUCCACCCCGACAACCACCUGGUGUCCUGCCCGUCGUCGUGCCUGGGUCCGUUGCAAGUUCUGGCGGCUGUGUUGGCGCUGGCAGUGCAGUUGGAAGUGCAGUUGGUGAGUCUGCCAGUGGCGGCUGCGGCUUACAGCCAGACUACUUGGAAAGUCGACGAAACUAG